UGAUGGCUCCACCUUCUCUAUUUCCAUUUGUCUGACCUGAUGACUAUUACCACCGAGUCAACCUUCUCUCUAUUGCUGGAAUUUGUAUUAUUUUUAAAUUAAAAAAAUAUUAUGAAGUGAUUUUUUGCAUUUUCUGCUUUGGUUUGUUGGUGUUUCUCUCUGAACCCAACUACACCUCCUUUUUCCUUCUGCUGUUCUCUUCCUGCAAUUCAAUCUCUUUACCAUGCCACAAGAUCAAUUACGUUCGGCAAUCAACUUUGCUUUAAGGGUUUUUGUUUAAUUCUCAAACUAAAUAGUAAAAGUAGGUUUUUUUUUUUUUUUUGCAGAGCUCCUUCGCUUCUUCUUAGAACUCGAGGACAGAUAACUGGAUUUAAGAUGGCUUCAAGCUGGGAUGGUAGUAAUGACCCUGGUAGUCAGUCAGAUGAUAGCCUUCAUUUUGAGAGGUUGCACAUUGAGCCUAUUUAUGAUGCUUUUGUGUGUCCUCUGACGAAGCAAGUUAUGCGUGAUCCCGUUACUUUAGAAAAUGGACGGACUUUUGAACGUGAAGCAAUUGAAAAAUGGUUCAAGGAAUGCAGGGAGAGUGGAAGGAAACUGGUUUGCCCUUUGACUCUGCAAGAAUUAAGAAGCACAGAAAUGAAUCCAAGUAUGGCUUUGCGUAACACCAUUGAAGAGUGGACUACCAGGAAUGAAGCUGCACAGCUGGAUAUGGCUCGCCGCUCAUUGAAUACGGGGAGUCCAGAAAAUGAAACUCUUCAGGCCUUAAAGUAUGUUCAGCACAUCUGCCGAAGAAGCAGGUCGAAUAAACACGUUGUGCGCAAUGCAGGGCUUAUACCAAUGAUUGUUGACAUGCUGAAGAGUGGCAACCGUAAGAUUCGUCAUAGAGCAUUGGAAACCCUAAGAAUUGUGGUAGAGGAUGAUGAUGAGAAUAAGGAGUUUUUGGCUGAAGGGGACACUGUGCGUACGGUAGUAAAAUUUCUUUCCACCGAGCUUUCUAAAGAAAGAGAGGAAGCUGUCUCCUUGCUAUACGAGCUCUCAAAAUCUGAAACCCUUUGUGAGAAGAUUGGUUCAAUCAAUGGAGCUAUUCUUAUAUUAGUUGGAAUGACAAGCAGCAACUCAGAAGAUCUUUCCACAGUUGAGAAAGCUGAUAAAACAUUGGAGAAUCUGGAGAAGUGUGAGAAUAAUGUGCGGCAGAUGGCUGAAAGUGGUAGAUUGAAGCCUCUUCUGACCCAGCUUCUUGAAGGUCCUCCUGAAACCAAACUAUCCAUGGCUGGAUACCUUGGCGAGCUGGUUUUGGACAAUGAUGUUAAAGUUCUUGUUGCUAGAACUGUGGGUUCAUCUCUGAUCAAUAUAAUGAAAAGUGGUAAUAUGCAGUCAAGAGAAGCUGCACUGAAGGCACUAAAUCAGAUAUCAUCAUGUGAGCCAAGUGCAAAGGUUUUAAUAGAGGCUGGAAUACUUUCCCCUCUUGUCAAUGACCUUUUCGCAGUGGGUCCUAAUCUGCUUCCCACAAGAUUAAAAGAGAUCUCUGCUACAAUUCUUGCUAGUGUCGUGAAUUCAGGAGAAGACUUUGAUUCCAUUCCACUUGGUCCUGAUCACCAAACUCUGGUCUCAGAGGACAUAGUUCAUAAUCUACUCCAUCUUAUAAGCAACACUGGUCCAGCAAUUGAGUGCAAACUUCUCCAAGUUCUUGUUGGACUUACUACUUCUCCAACUACGGUUCUGAGUGUUGUUGCUGCUAUCAAAAGCUCUGGUGCCACUAUCAGUCUUGUUCAAUUCAUUGAGGCACCACAGAAAGAUCUACGUGUAGCUUCCAUAAGACUUCUUCAGAAUUUGUCUCCUCACAUGGGUCAUGAACUAGCUGAUGCACUACGUGGCUCUGUUGGACAGCUUGGUAGUCUGAUUAGAGUCAUAUCAGAAAAUACAGGAAUUGCUGAAGAGCAGGCAGCGGCUGUUGGUCUUUUAGCUGAUCUACCUGAGAGGGAUUUGGGCCUUACAAGACAGCUACUGGAUGAAGGUGCCUUUCUGCUGGUCAUAUCUAGGGUGACUGCCAUCAGGCAGGGAGAGAUCAGAGGAAACCGCUUCAUGACGCCAUUUCUUGAAGGUCUUGUCAAGAUUCUUGCACGGGUUACGUAUGUCUUAGCUGAUGAGCCUGAUGCCAUUGCACUCUGCCGUGAGCACAAUCUAGCAGCAUUGUUUAUUGAACUGCUUCAGACCAAUGGACUUGAUAAUGUACAGAUGGUUUCUGCUACAGCUUUGGAGAAUUUAUCACAAGAAUCAAAAAAUCUAACCACAUUGCCGGAGUUGCCAUCGCCGGGUUUUUGUGCUUCGGUCUUUACCUGCUUCAGCAAACAGCCAGUAAUAACUGGAUUGUGUAGGAUCCACCGAGGGAUGUGUUCUUUGAAAGAAACAUUUUGUCUGUGGGAAGGGCAGGCAGUCCUUAAGUUAGUAGCUCUGCUGGACCACACUAAUGUGAAUGUGGUUGAGGCGGCACUUGCAGCCUUAUCUACUUUAAUAGAUGAUGGAGUAGAUAUUGAGCAAGGAGUUUUGGUGUUGUGUGAAGCAGAGGCAGUGAAGCCUAUACUUGAUGUGUUACUUGAGAAACGGACUGAAAUUUUGAGGAGGAGGGCAGUUUGGGCAGUGGAGAGACUAUUGCGAACAGAUGAUAUAGCCUACGAAGUUUCUGGAGAUCAAAAUGUGAGUACUGCACUUGUGGACGCUUUCCAGCAUGGUGACUAUCGAACUAGGCAGAUUGCUGAGCGUGCCCUCAAGCAUGUUGACAAGAUACCCAACUUCUCUGGAAUCUUUCCAAACAUGGCAUAAAUAUAGACAUGUUGUAGAUGCUUCCCUGUGAAGCUGAUAAUUACAAAAUUUGUGUGUAAUUUCCUGUUUUGUUCGAAGCAGUUUUGGAUUAUCUAUGGUUAUCGUCUGCUACGCAUUGAUCCAACUGAAGUUGGGAAUGUUGUAUACAAAUUAUCCAUUCUUUUAGGAGGUGUUCAUUGUUGAUCAUGAUUUUGUCGCUUUUUUUGACCCCCUUUGAACUGCACAAUAAAUGUUGUACCUUUGAGUAAUAAUAGUAUUGAUAUGUCUGCCCC